AUGGAGUUACAGUGCAAAGUUCAGAAUUAUGAUUGGGGAAAGUUCGGUCAAGAUAGUACAGUUGCGAAAUUAUUAUCUAGUAGUGAUCCUAAUGCCAAAAUUGAUUCAAGGAAGCCGUAUGCUGAAUUAUGGAUUGGAACACAUCCAAAUGGGCCUUCCCUUAUUAUAGAAAGAAAUAUACUUCUUUCAGAAUAUUUAAAAGAUAAUGCUGAUGCUAUUGGACCUGUAAUUAGGAAAAGAUUUGGCAUUGCUGUUCCCUUUCUCCUUAAAAUAUUAUCUAUCCAAAAAGCUCUUUCAAUACAAGCACAUCCAAAAAAGGAACAUGCAGAGCAGUUACAUGCAGCUUUACCUGAUAUGUACAAAGACCCAAAUCAUAAACCAGAACUUGCAAUAGCACUGACUCAUUUUGAAGCCCUUUGUGGUUUUAGACCUAUUCUAGAGAUUAAAGAAUUUCUUAAAAAACUUCCAGAACUUACUAAAAUUUUAUCCAAGGAAAGUGUUAAUUCCUUGAUCCAAAAUGAAGAUGAUAACCCUGAAUUGUUAAUUAAGCAAGUAUUCCAGUCCUUGAUGACCUGUGAUAAAAGUGUUGUGGCUAAUAGUUUAGAAGAGCUUUUAAAAAGAUUAAAUAAUGAAGAUGUAUCACUACAAUCUGUUUUGCUGUACAAUACAUUGCAAAAACUUCAUGGAGAGUUUCCUGGCGAUGUAGGCUGCUAUGCACCUUAUUUCAUGAAUCUUAUGCAGCUUCAUCCGGGACAAGCUAUCUUCCUCAAGCCUAACUUACCACAUGCUUAUUUAAGUGGAGAUUGCGUUGAGUGUAUGGCAUGUUCAGACAACGUAGUCCGCGCAGGUCUUACUCCAAAACAUAUUGAUGUGCCAACUCUUAUUGAUAUGUUGGAUUACACUAGCUAUACCCCAGGGGACUUGUUAUUCAAUCCUGAAAUAGAGGAUGAGAAUUGCUGCAUUUGGAGACCACCAGUGCCUGAUUUUGCCGUUGUAAAAAUAAAAGUGCAAAGUGACGAUUCAUACAACACAAUUAUUCGCGCUAGUCCAAGCCUUAUAAUUUUCAUAUCUGGUGAGGGUGAGGCAUGUGAUACUGAACCAGUGCGAGUCAGACCUGGGGUGGCAUUGUUCCUGAAGGCAAGUCGACAGUUAACCCUAACACCAUCACCAGGAAACCAUUUGGAAGCAUAUCAGGCUAUUUGCAAUGUGUGA